AAGCCUUUUUAUUUAUCUCAGGGGGAAAGAAACAAUGGCUUUGAUGUCCUCUAUCACAACAUGAAGCAUGGACAUACAUCAACAAAAGAGCUAGCAGAUUUUAUAAGAGAAAGGUCUACAAUAGAGGAGACGUAUUCAAGGUCAAUGACAAAACUAGCCAAAUCAGCAAGCAAUUAUACACAACUUGGGACAUUUGCACCAGUUUGGGAUGUUUUCAAAACAUCAACAGAAAAAUUAGCAAGCUGUCACUUGGAACAUGUCCGGAAAUUACAAGAGCUCAUAAAAGAAGUGCAUAAAUAUGGAGAUGAGCAGAUCAAAGCUCAUAAAAAGACUAAAGAAGAAGUUUCAGGAACAUUGGAAGCAGUGCAAAACAUUUUGAGUAUUACUCAGGCCCUACAGAAGUCAAAGGAAAGCUACAAUGCCAAGUGUGUAGAACAAGAACGUUUAAAAAAGGAAGGAGCAACACAGAGGGAAAUUGAGAAGGCCUCAGUAAAAUCAAAGAAAGCUACAGAAACCUAUAAACUCUAUGUGGAAAAAUAUGCUGCAGCCAAAUCUGAUUUUGAACAGAAAAUGACAGAAACUGCACAGAAAUUUCAAGACAUUGAAGAGGCGCAUCUCCUUCACAUGAAAGAGAUUAUAGAAUCAUUGUCAAACACUAUGAAAGAAAUUCACUUACAAAUAGGGCAGGUUCAUGAAGAAUUUAUUAAUAACAUGGCAAAUAUUACAGUUGAGAGCUUGAUACAAAAAUUUGCUGAGUUAAAAGGCACUGGCAAAGAGAGACCUGGCCUUAUUGACUUUGAAGAAUGCAAUACGUCUACUGCAACUGAAGGGGUAAAACCAAGGAAAAGAAAGCCUUUUGGUUUGUCUGGAAUAAUUAAGAAAGAAAAAGAUGCAGAAUCUGUGGAAUGUCCAGAUGCAGACUCAGUUAAUAUUCCUGAUGUAGAUGACGAAGGAUACAGUAUUAAACCAGAGACAAGUCAGAAUACCAAAGAGAACCAUUUCUACUCAUCCAGUGAUUCUGACUCUGAAGAAGAUGAACCUAGAAGGUUCCACGUAGAAAUCAAACCUGUACUGCCAAACAAUAGUUCACACUACACUAUGGCUUCACUGGAUGAAUUAAAAGUAUCUAUUGGCAAUAUUGCUCUUUCUCCAGCAACAUCUAGACACAGUCCUGCACAAAUGAACCGGAAUUCAUCUAGUGAAGAAUUAACAAAAUCAAAGCUUUCUGCUCCAUCUAAUGAAAAGGGGACCACUGACCUCCUAGCAUGGGAUCCAGUCUUUGGCAGUUCUCUUGAAUCAUCGUCUUCAGCUUCAUUGACAACUUCAUCCUCAUCAGCAAGACCAACAACUCCUCUUUCUGUAGGAACCAUCGUACCACCUCCAAGGCCUGCUUCCAGACCAAAGCUGGCUACAGGGAAACUUAGUGGAAUUAAUGAAAUACCUAGGCCAUUCAGUCCACCAUUGACUUCUAACUCCAGUCCACCACCUACCGCCCCUUUGGCACGUGCCGAGAGUGUGUCCUCAAUAUCUUCGUCUGCUUCACUAAGCGCGGCAAAUACACCCACAGUUGGUGUUUCACGUGGUCCCAGCCCUGUCAGCCUUGGAAACCAGGACACCUUGCCUGUUGCAGUAGCCCUUACUGAAUCUGUUAACGCCUACUUUAAAGGAGCAGAUCCCACAAAAUGUAUUGUGAAGAUCACUGGUGAUAUGACUGUGUCGUUCCCAAGUGGGAUUAUUAAAGUAUUCACUAGCAACCCAUCUCCAGCUGUACUCUGCUUCAGGGUAAAAAACACAAGCAAACUAGAGCAUAUUCAACCAAAUGCACAACUUGUAUACAGUGAUCAAUCACAAAGCGACUCCAGUACAAAAGACUUUUGGAUGAACAUGCAAGCUAUAACUCUCUACCUCAGGAAGUUAUCAGAGCAGAAUCCAUCUGCUUCCUAUUAUAAUGUGGAUGUUUUAAAAUAUCAGGUAUCUUCAAAUGGCAUCCAGUCCACUCCCUUGAAUCUUGCUACCUACUGGAAAUGCAAUGUAAACACUACUGAUGUUAGAGUGGAUUAUAAAUAUAACCCAGAGUCUAUGACUGUGCCCAGUACGCUAUCUAAUGUACAGGUUGUGGUACCAGUUGACGGAGGAGUAACAAACAUGCAGUCACUUCCGUAUGCAAAAUGGAAUGCAGAGCAGAUGAAAGCUUACUGGAAAAUAUCUAGUAUCUCAGAAAAAUCAGAAAAUGGAGGUUCUGGAUCCCUCAGGGCAAAAUUUGAUCUAUCAGAAGGACCCAGUAAACCAGCAACUCUUGCAGUGCAAUUCAUUAGUGAAGGAAACACCCUUUCAGGAGUAGACGUAGAGCUAGCAGGCACUGGCUAUCGGCUUUCCCUACUUAAGAAGAGAUUUGCCACUGGACGAUAUAUGGCUGAUUGCUGAUGAAUCUGUGAAAAAUCAGUAAAUGAAAAGAGCAGCUGAAGCUCACUCCUCUCUCUACCUUUGAAACACUAUUUUAACAUGCAUUUUUUUUUAAACAUUGACCUACUUUGGGGCUGACUACAAAAGUAAAAAAAAUGCACUUUUUUUGAAGAAGUCAUUUUGGAGAAAAAUAUUUAUAAUAGCACUGAAGUGAACUUCAACACUGUCUGUAAAUGAUCAACUGCAAUAUUUGGGAAACUUGUUUAUUCAAAUUUAAGUAAAUUUAUAUAGACUAAGUCAAAAUAGUAAUCAUUAGAUGUAUUGAAAAUGUAUGAAAUUGUAUGUUGUUAUAAACAUUACACCUAAAAGUGUAGGAGAGCAAGCACAGAAUAUUUUAGCUUUCCAUAAUAUUAUUCAUAGGUAAUAUCAGUUUUAUUAAUUGCCAAGGUUCAAAUUAAACAAAGGUAACAACAUUUCAGAUAAUUCUGUCCGCCCACUCAUACCAUAUUCAUGUGCCAUAAAAUCAGUUAAGAGUUAGAGACGUAAAUAAAACGUAUUCUUUGAUUCCCAUGUACCAUAUUUUAAUAAAGUAUAAGUUGUUUUAUAUAAGAUUUACUUUUUUCUAAGUGCAAUGUGUUAAAAAUUGCAAAAGACAGAAGAGAUAUUUACUUCUGCAAUUAGCAAACUUUAUGGGAGUUGUGAUUGUUUGAAUUAAUGCUGUAGAUUAAUUUAUUUUUGUAUGGAUUGCAUAACAUUUGUGCCUUUUUUUAAACUGUGCCUGUCCAAUUUGUUCUUUAAUGUGCCUCACUUCCUUUUUCAAAAUCUGGCUCUUCCCUACUGAAAACGUGUGGUAUUUGUGUAAUGCAUACAACUUUAUAAAAUUCCUCGACUGGGAUUUAGAAGGGAAAUUUAGAAAAACUGGAGAUUGCUUUAUAAGAUGGUUUCAAAUACUGGAUUACUUCCUCAUGGGGUAAUUGCAAUAAAUGCAGCCAGUGUAAAGGGAAAUGCAUAGUGCAGGACUUUGAUAUAUUGAUGGAGAACUUCAGUAUCAAAGUUUCAACUUUUAAUAUCACCAAAGAUGUGCGAAUUCGGAAGGUACGUUGAAGAAUGAUAAAAACAGAAUAUUUUUUAAUGUAGCAUUUCACUUCAUUCUGACUGCUAAGUCUUUGGAGAUUUCAAGUGCUUUUUGAUUUGUGUGACAUGAAUGUAAUGUAGUACUUUAUGAGGAAUAGCAUUUUAGAAAGGUAUAUUUUUUGGCAGCAGGAAGACAGUGUACAACCAGCAUAUUACUAAUUUUAAAACUCAUUUUAAAAUACCAGUUGGUAGUAUUUCCUUUUCCUUAAUUGUUUUGCUACAUCCUAAACGUAUGGAAAUGAUCUGAAGCAACACAUUGGUGACAUUUCUUAAAGCAAGUUAUUAAUUAAAAAGCUGUUCUAUAUUAUGCUGUUUGUUAGACAUGUCUUUGUUAAAUACAGAAAUAAAAUAUUUUGGGGCAGAAUACUUUAAUAAUAAGCAGGAUGGGAAUUUUAUAAUUAUUCUAAAUACCAGGGUCUAUUCAUAAUAUAAAUUGGAAGCAAUAGUAAGUUGUGUGUGAAAUAAUUCAUGUAAAACCACUAAUGACUGGACUAUUAAGCUUUUCAGCGAAUGAAUGACUCAGACGCAUAUAAAUUCUAAUGCGCACUACAUAGUUUUAGAGACAAGAUUUCCUUUAUUAAGCAGUGUACAGUACAGUAUGUGUUUUUUAUAUGUACUUGUAACAAUCUGAUUAGAUUUGACUGGAGCAGUGCUUUAUGGCUCUUAAUUUGCUAAAAUGUUAAUCUUCACUGAAUUAUGACAAUAACUAGUAUUUCUAACUCAUGUUGUAAUUGGCAUUUAAAAUGAUACACGGCCUUUUACUGGAAUCUUAAUUGUAAUCUGCUUUGCAAUCAAACAGUGUGUUUAACCUGACAGUUAAUAUUUUAUUAUUGCAAUCCAAAACUAUUUUACUUUGUUUUUAAUCAAGUAUUGCUUAAAUUUCUAAAUUAAUGAAGUAGUUGAAUUUCAGCACAUUUAAACUAGCUUUCAUACCAGGUGAUCGAACAUACAUUUGUAAUGGGUGCAGGUUACAAUUUUGAAGCCAUACAAGUUUAUAUGGACUUUUGUAAAGAAACCCAUAAAAAGUGUUAAAAAAAUCAUUUAGAUAUCUGAUGAGAAAUAUAUGUAGCAAGCUGGUUCUUGCUUGUGUAUACAGUGAUAUCCUUUGUAGCUGCCUCCUAUUGAAAAAAAUGAAUUUGUAAACACAACUCUAAAGGAGAUCAGUUUUUAUGGAUUGUUACAACUUCAGAUUGUAAAUUAGAAUAAUACAAUUUAUCUUACCAAAAUUGUAAAUACUUUUGAUUUUCAUCAAAUGUAAAUUUUACAGAAAUGUUGCACCCAUAAUAAACAUGUAAUAUAUAAUUUACAAGUUGA